AUGGCAAUGGUCGCACUUACAAAAUAUCACAUAACAUGGUAUAUGAUCGAGGACGUGAAAGCGUUUCUAGAUCAGAUCAGGCGUGAAUGGGAGACAAAUGAUGACGAGAUACUGCGAAUCAUGCAGAUCCACGCCUUUCACGGAAAACGUCUAGUAAUCAUUUUUGCAGGCUUUGCUUACCCUUCAGUAUGUAUGGUGGUACUAUACCAUAUUUCUCCUAUUAUUUUGGAUAAAAUUUUACCACUAAAUGAGUCUCGUUCAAUAAAGUAUCUAAUAAGUGCAGAAUUCUUUUUCAACAAAGAACAACAUCGAAUUAUCAGCACUUCGUUGCUAAAUUUUGGUGUGAUAACUGACGUAACUGUACUUGUUGGGAUGGAAUCGUUUAUAAUCAUGGUCACCUCGCAUAUCGCUGGACUAUUUGAAGUUGCUAGUCUUUUCUUCGAAAAAGCCGUUCUUGCAGAAUCAUCUGCACCAUAUCUACCGCGAAAUUGCAGAAAUAAUGAAACUAUCAAUUACAUAAUUACCGGUACUACAGUACAUCGAAUGGCACUUCAGUAA